AUGACGCCGGCCCAGAAUCGGGUUUUGACCAUAUCUAUUGGACGCAGUGUUUUUGUGGGUGUGAAAAAGCAACCCAUAAAGUUCAUGAGUAUCCAAAAACAAAUCUGGGAACUUAAAAAGAGAGAGAGAGAGAGAGAAAACAUAGAAAGAAGUCUUUGCUUGAAGCUGCAACUUGGAAUAUUGGAGCAACCACUGAGUACAAAUGAUGUGUGUAUUUUGAACUUUGACCAAUUUGCUCGAAUGAUUACCAAAAUACCACCUUGCAACAAAAGUUCAUUCAUUCAUACAGCAACAACAAACAGCUAUUGUACAUACAUUACCAUGUUCAUCUCAUAA